AUGAUAGUUCUUGCAGGAGUUACUUCCGGGUAUGGAUUGUUUUUGCAAGUUUACACUUCUAAGUACGUUCCUACGGGCCAUGCAACCUUCUUCAACCUAUGUUCGAUCACCUACCCGACGCUAAGCGUCGUUUUCGACAUAGCUAUUGCAACACAGUGUUUUGGGUGUGCCAUUUCAUAUUUGGUAUUGAUUGGAGAUUUGAUGCCAACGAUCAUAACAGAAGUACUGUUUAUCAGCAGAGAAAACUAUAAGCAGUUCUGGACCCUUUCAUCGGCCGUCUUGUGUGUCCCGCUUUCGUUUCUUAAGAAUCUUGACUCCCUCAAAUACACUUCGGUACUUGGGCUUGCGGCUAUUGGAUAUGUCGCUGUGCUCGUUGUUGCCCAGUUUGUUUUAGGGAGUGUGCCAGCCUCUUACAAAGGUGAAGUCUCGCUUUUCCCUCAGUCUGUCACUGGUAUCUUUUCAACAUUCUCCAUUGUCGUGUUUGCCUUUACGGGCCACCAGAACAUGUUCUCUAUCAUCAAUGAGGCCAGGAACAAGUCACUUUCGUCUCUCAGUACAUUGGUCAACCUUGCAGUCAUUAUUCUGGGCAUUCUAUUUAUUAUCGUCGGAGUCGCCGGCUAUCUUACAUUUGGUGAUCUUGUCAACGGCAACGUUGUUUUACUGUACCCUAAUGCUGUUUCCACAACAUUAGGACGCUUCGCUAUUGUUUUCAUGGUCGUGUUUUCUUUCCCGUUGAUGAUCCAUCCAGCCCGAAUUUCUGUAAAUAACAUCUAUUUUUGGACAUUGGUAAAUGUCUUUGGCAAAACCACACAUGCUGCCAAUGGUGAAUCAAACAGUUUACUUCUACCACCCGAUCAAGACCAUGACGAAACUUCACCACUUAUUCCCAACAACAAGGCUUACCUCGUUCCAUUCCCAGACUCCACAUUCUAUGCAAUAACAGCUAUUCUCCUUUUGGUUGGUUACACGGCUGCUAUAAGCAUCAAAUCCUUCGCCCUCGUUUUAGCUGUCGUUGGCGCGACCGGUUCUACUGCCAUCUCGUUUAUCUUGCCAGGUCUCUUUGGUUAUAAAUUGAUUGGCUCUGAAUCAGAUGACCCAAGCAGCCUCGAGAGAAUUUUAAAGGUGUUAGGCUUAUGUCUUACUAUUUGGGGAGUCACCGUGAUGGUGGUCUGCCUCUAUUCGAGUUUGGCAUUAUGA